UUUGCCUUGAGUACAAUGGAUUUGGAUUUUGGAGACGACUUUGCUGCCAAAGAGGAAGUUGAUCCAGCUGCAGAGUUUUUGGCACGCGAGCAAUCGGUUCUUGGAGACCUUGAAGCUGAAAUAACUGGUGGAUCUGCCACAAGUGCAGUUGCUGCACUUGCAACCGAUGAUGGACUGCUGGGCGGCUUAGUCAGCACCGGGGCCGAGUUAGGCAGUGAACUCUCUGCCAAUGUGGGAGGUGGUCUCGAAUCAUCGACUGGCAGCUUCGAGGUCAUCGGCAGCGAGACUAACGAACCAGUUGGUAUCUCAGGUCCUCCGCCGUCGCGUGAAGAACCCGAGAAAAUAAGGAAGUGGCGCGAGGACCAAAAAAAGCGGCUAGAGGAGAAGGAUAUUGAGGAGGAGCGUAAAAAAGAGGAACUCCGCCAGCAGGCCAAGAAGGAGCUAGAUGAUUGGAUGCGCCAGAUCGAAGAGUCCAUUUCGAAAACAAAACUAUCGUCUCGCAAUGCUGAAGCUCAAGCCGCGUCUUUAGAAAAUGGAGCAGUCGAACCUGGAACUGAAUGGGAACGCAUCGCCAAGCUGUGCGAUUUUAAUCCUAAGGUCAAUAAAUCUGGAAAGGACGUCUCACGUAUGCGGUCAAUUUACCUGCAUCUGAAGCAGAAUCCCAUACAAGUACAGAAAAUAGCUUAAAAUAUACAAAUAUAUAUAAAUAUAAAUAGCCCUAUUACGCACCUACUGAAA